GUAAUCCUAAAGAAAGUAGCGUCACCAUAAGUGACAUGGACCUUAUCACUUCAUUUGUCUACGUUCCACCAUGAUCCACAUAUCCCCCUUUGACUGCCAAUUUCACUUCUUUGCUCAUCCCUCAACUCACCUUUUAUAUUUGGUUCCAAGAACUAAAAAAACAAGAACAAAAUGUAUUUUCCCAUGAAAUUCAUCUUCCUUUUCACUUUAUCCACUUUCUUUGUACCUUCAAUUGCAUUGAAAUCAGAUUCAACAAACCCAAUUCCAUCACCAUGGCCACACCAAUUCCAUGCAACUACCAUAAUGAACUACACAGGUGGUCUUCGUAAAGUGGACAUUUGGUACGAUUGGCCUAACAAAAAGUACUUGCAUAUAAACCAAUACCAAUUGGGAAAGACUUUGUAUGAUAUUGAAUGGGAUAAUGGCACUUCAUUUUACUUCACUUUGGAUUCUACUCAGGAGUGUACAAUUAGGCAUUUUCCAGUGGGAAUCUUGAGACCUAAUUGGCUUGAAGGUGCAAAUUAUAUGGGACAGAGGUACAAGGAUGGAUUCCUAUGUAAUGUUUGGGAGAAAGUUGAUUUCAUACAGUACUAUGAGGAUGUUGUUACCAAGAUACCUGUUUAUUGGGAAUUUUAUGAUGGAUUGACUGAACAUAUUAUGACAUUUGAGGUGGGGAAAGUGCAGGAGGAUUGUAAUAAGUGGCAAGCCCCUGCUUACUGCUUCAAGGAGAUUGAGAAAGGAAAGAAACCUUUACAAGAGAACUCAAUUCCCUCUUCGUGGGAGGUUCAUGACAGGCGGUUUAGAGGUGACAAAUGAACGAGUUAAGUUUAAUCUGAGAUGAAUGUUUGCAAGAGCGCCCGGGCAAUAUUUAUCAUUAUAUUUUAUGCUGCUUUUAGGUCAGUGAUGGAGUCGAGAUCUCCUGUUAGUAUAGAUUUGAGUAUCAUUACUUCAAUUCAUAUCUUUGGUGACAAUAUGUACAAAGUAUAAAUAAUUACAGAUGUUCAAAAUUAGUUACAACCCUUUAUGCAGAGGUCUGACAAUAAUAUGCACCUGCUACUACUUGGAUAUGUCCAUGGUUUGAAUUGAAUUUGUAAUUCUAAUAGUAGUUUCCUGCUGUAA